AUGAGCAGGCAGAAGCCUCCUUUGGAAAGUCUGGCAACGGUGGAAGAGACUGUGGUUCGAGACAAGGCUGUGGAGUCCCUGAGGCAGAUCUCCCAGGAGCACACGCCUGUUGCUCUGGAAGCUCAUUUUGUACCUCUGGUGAAACGCCUAGCGAGUGGGGACUGGUUCACGUCUCGCACAUCUGCGUGUGGUUUAUUCAGCGUUUGCUAUCCCAGGGCUUCAAAUGCUGUCAAAGCAGAAAUUAGACAGCACUUCCGUUCCUUGUGCUCAGAUGAUACACCAAUGGUACGACGUGCUGCUGCUUCCAAAUUGGGCGAAUUUGCAAAAGUUUUAGAAUUAGAUAGUGUGAAAAGUGAAAUUGUUCCAUUGUUUACUAAUCUAGCUGCAGAUGAACAGGAUUCAGUGCGCCUCCUAGCUGUGGAAGCUUGUGUCAGUAUUGCCCAGUUACUGUCUCAGGAUGACCUUGAGUUUUUGGUGAUGCCUACACUUCGACAAGCUGCAGAAGAUAAAUCUUGGCGAGUUCGCUAUAUGGUAGCUGACAAAUUUUCAGAGCUCCAGAAAGCUGUGGGUCCCAAAAUCACCCAAAAUGACCUCAUCCCCGCCUUUCAGAACCUACUUAAAGACUGUGAAGCUGAAGUCCGAGCGGCUGCUGCCCACAAAGUGAAAGAACUUUGUGAGAACUUGCCCAUUGAAGGUAGAGAGACCAUAAUUAUGAAUCAAGUGCUGCCCUAUAUAAAGGAAUUAGUAUCUGAUACAAAUCAACAUGUCAAAUCGGCUCUAGCUUCUGUAAUUAUGGGAUUGUCUACCAUUUUGGGCAAAGAGAAUACCAUUGAACAUCUUCUACCUCUUUUUUUAGCUCAGUUAAAGGAUGAGUGUCCUGAAGUUCGUUUGAAUAUCAUCUCCAAUUUGGAUUGUGUAAAUGAAGUGAUUGGAAUCCGUCAGCUCUCUCAGUCUCUUCUUCCUGCCAUAGUGGAGCUGGCUGAAGAUGCCAAGUGGAGGGUCCGGCUGGCCAUCAUUGAGUAUAUGCCACUGCUGGCAGGCCAGCUGGGUGUGGAAUUCUUUGAUGAAAAGCUGAAUUCUUUAUGUAUGGCCUGGCUCGUGGACCAUGUGUAUGCCAUUCGCGAAGCUGCCACCAACAACCUCAUGAAACUAGUUCAGAAGUUUGGUACAGAGUGGGCCCAAAAUACCAUCGUUCCCAAAGUGUUAGUAAUGGCAAAUGAUCCUAAUUAUUUGCAUAGAAUGACCACCUUAUUCUGCAUUAAUGUACUGUCUGAAGCCUGCGGUCAGGAAAUAACUACUAAGCAGAUGCUGCCUAUUGUAUUGAAAAUGGCAGGAGACCAAGUGGCGAACGUCCGUUUCAAUGUGGCCAAAUCUCUACAGAAAAUUGGACCAAUUCUAGAUACUGAUGCUUUGCAGGAGGAAGUUAAACCGGUACUGCAGAAGUUAGGCCAAGAUGAAGACAUGGAUGUCAAAUACUUCGCACAGGAAGCUAUAAGUGUGCUUGCAUUGGCAUGAUGAGGAGCAGGAGGGAAAAGACUGUACUAAUUUCUUAACACAGAUUUCUAGUCAAUGUGUUCUUCAACUGGAUGGAGAAAAAAAUGGAAAACCUUCAAGACCUCAUCCAAGCAAAUGGCAACAGCUUCCAAGAAAUCAAAUUUCAGUGACUUGAUUCUUUUUAAAGAUGUAAAGGGAUUGUUUUUACUUGUCUUCCUUGUUGGGAUAAUUAUACACCAUUCUUUUUGUUUGUGACCAGUUCCUGACACUCGGUACAGUCGUUUCUUGAUUGUCUCCAGGGAUUUAUUGGGCACUAUCUGGGCUCCUGCACCCUCACCGUUCCAUCAGCCUGGCCACUUAAUGUCCUGACCAGGGCUGGAUGGGUUGGGACCCAGACAUGCAGUGGAGUGAUUCUCUGGUGUCUACUUGUAUCUGUGUGACUGUUCAUCAUUCCAAAGUUAAAUGUACAACUUAUGUUAUAAACCCUCUAUUUGGGAGACACAUUGAGAUUUAACUGUAGUGAAAGCCACAUUUUUCUGGAUAAUGAUGGUCUGCGUCAGUGUCUUACAUGAAAGGGGAAUGUGGAA